AUGGGUUGCUCAAUCACAACCACUACUACCUCCGCCACACUCCCUUUUUAUCCUCCUCUUUCCGCCCCUCUCUCCAAACUCCACCUCCAUCACAGCUCUCUUCUCUUCUUCUCUACCACAACCACCGCUCUUUCCUCUUCCAUCUCUAUAGCCUCACCACCACCACAAAAACAACUUGACACCACCAAUAUUUACUGUGUAUUCAUGGACUUAAGUAUCUUCCCUAGCUACUUCUAUACUCGAACCCUAGUAUCAGAUCUCUCCCUCUGUCCUGAUACCAAACCCGUCGGCCGCAUAAUCCUCGGCCUCUACGACAACCUCAUCCCCAUCACUGUUUCCAUUUUCAUAUCCAUGUGCACCGGUUACUACAAAGGAACACUAAUUCAUAAGAUCUUUCAUGGUUGGUUUUUUAUGGCGGGAUAUCAAGGAUGGAGUGAUAAAGGAGAAGUAAAGCUAAGAAUAAGUUUUGUUAGAAUAUCGACCCUAUGGCUUUCCAGUUAG